UGCUGCAACUAAAAUGGCGGGCCCCAGAGCGCAAGAUUUAAUUCAUGGUAUUCUUCCUAGCAAAGUACAUCCAAACUUUCUACAAGCAAAUUCUACAAGUCAUACAUGGCCAUUCAGCGCAAUAGUUGAGAUAAUAGACAAUGCUUACGAUUCGAGUGCUGCAGAUAUGCGUAUCGACAAAGUGGAUUUAGGAAAUGAAGAAUCACUGAUGUUUACUGACAAUGGAAAAGGCAUGGAUACUGACCAUCUUUACAGGAUGCUUAGUUUUGGCUACUGUGAGAAAGAUAUGGAGAAAAAAAAGAGUGUUCUGAAGUCUGUUGGACAGUAUGGUAAUGGUUUCAAGUCUGGCUCCAUGCGUUUAGGCAAUGAUGCCCUUGUUUUCACUAUUUGCUCUCAGAGUGGAAGUGUUGGGUUUUUAUCACAGACAUACCUCCAGGCAAUAAAUGCUGACUCUGUCAUUGUUCCAAUAUUGGAAUAUACACUGCCCAAACUUAAAAGAGAUGAUACUCAUCUGUCCAGGAACAACUUAAGAGCUAUUUUACAGCAUUCUGUCUUCAAAACUGAAGAGCAACUUGUGUUUCAUCUGAAUGCGGUUCACAGAUCAAUAACUGGCACUAGAAUUGUUAUCUCUAAACUGAAAAGGUUAGAGGAUAAAACUUUUGAACUGGAUUUUUCAAGUGAUGUAUCUGAUAUAAGAUGCCCAGAACCACACAAGCCAGAUGCAUCAAAUGUCAACAAUCGUCCAAUCCAGACUCAAUCAUCUGAAUACAAGCGCUCUCUUAGAGAGUAUUGCAAAAUUCUAUACCUUCAUCCAAGAAUGAAAAUUCACCUACGUGGUGUGAAAAUAAAAUCAACAAAUAUAGCCAGAAUGCUGUAUCAGACAGAAAGAGAUAUUUACAAACCUUUAUGGCUGAAAAAGCCUGUCACAAUAACAAUUGGUUUUAGCUGUGAACAAGAUGUUGCUGAUGAUUAUGGGUUGAUGAUUUAUCACAGAAACCGCUUGAUUAAAGCCUAUGAAAAAGUUGGCUACCAAAAGCAACCAAAUCAACUCGGUGUAGGGAUCGUUGGUGUUGUUGAAGUUGAUUUUUUACAACCUAUUCACAACAAGCAGGAUUUCAACAAAGAUGAAAAGUUCAAUUCAGUAAUGAGUGCAUUAGGACAAAAGCUAAAUGACUAUUGGGAUGGAAAAAAGUCUGAAAAAAAUGAAACUACUCAACCUGACCAUCUGUGGGCCCAGUGUGAUAACUGUCUCAAGUGGAGACGUCUGCCUCCAGGUACAACUAAAGAAUCCCUCCCUGAUAACUGGUAUUGCUUAAUGAAUAAGGAUGGUUUGUACAAUCGCUGUGACAUUUCUGAAGAACAGGAGGAGAUAGUAACUAAACCCACAUACAAAAAAACAAGCAGGAAGAAAAAGGAAACACCAAAGACGAAUGAUACAAGUGUAGAAUUGAAUGGAUGCAGAAAAACAGUACAGAGUUCAACAGAGUUAUCAAAGAAGAACACAUCUACUGGUAGUCGAAGAAAAAGAGUUUAUGAUGACAACAAUAAAUAUGAUGAAGAUUUUGAAAGACUGUGCAAGCAUAGUACCCCAAAGAAAAAAAAAGAUCAAGAUAAUAAUAGUAAUGAUUCUCAUCUAAAUACACUAUUUUCACAAGGAAAGUUACUGAGAAGCAAUGAAAAAUUUCCAAAUUCAGCACAGAAAUCAUUUCCAAGCCCUCAGAAAAGUAUGAUCCAAACCAAAUUGAAGUUUUGCAUUGACUAUGUGGUCAGAAAACAUUCCAGUGACCAGAACAGAGAAAAUGCAAGUCAGCUUUCAUGCCCAGUAGACAAAGAAAUAAUCACUUCAGACAAUGAUUCACAACUUUCUGAUAAAUCUAUGGACAGCCACUCUUGUAACACAGAUCAAAUCAUUAAUAACAGUUCAGAGUGCACUACAGCUAAUUCUAAUUCUCUUAACAGUUCAGAAUGCACUACAGUUAAUUCUAUUUCCCUUAACACCUCGUCAGCUUCACUAGACACUACAGGUUUAAAUGGUGUUGAAGACUCAGUGGAAGAUGACACCCUUGUGUGGACGGACACUGAUGACCUCAACUGUAUCAGCUUAAAUGAUGCAUGUAUACCAGAAGCAGCACUGCCAGUAAAUAAUGAAUUAACUAGUAAAAUUGAAAACAACCAUGCCGGUCCUCACCAUUCAAGAAACAAAAGUGUGUUUGAUGUAAAGCCUAGCUUUGCUUGUUCAUCACCACUUAGAAACAUUGAAGCUGAGAGUGAAGAAUCCUCUCAUUCAGAAAAGAUGAAAAAUCAAGCAGAUAAGUUAAGUUGUGAUGAUGCUCAAAAGGAAAUAGAAAACCUGAAAUCAAAGCUCUCAUUGACAGAAGAGCAGCUUUUAACAAUGGAGCUGCAUUAUAUAGACAUUGAAGAGAGAUUGUCAAAUUUCAAAAGUAAAGUUCAUCAGCUGCUAAGUCUAAUGGAUCCUGUGGCUAACACUGGUGAUGUGAGCAAUAUUGAUGAUUUAGUUGAUACAAUGUUAGCAAUGUAUUCAGCUGAGUGUAUUGAUUAGCAGUUAUUUCCCUUGCUGUUAUCCUAAGUAUAAAAAAAAUCAAAGCAUUUAAUUGCAAGUAUGAUUAAGAAAUAACCUCUUUUAUUUAUUUUUUCUUACAUUAAGUUUCUAAACAGUGAAUAAAUGAAGAUUAAUGUCCAUUUUUUUAAGCUGAAGGAUUUAUUUUUUUUUUUACUGUACCUUGGAUGUGCUGUAAUGAAGUGCUACUUAUUUUUACUAAUGCUAAUACUUAUUUGCUCACUCAAGUAAACUUGAUAUACAAGUCAAGACUCAACUACAUGGAAUGUGAAAAACUGUGAGACUGUUAGAUUUUUAAUUGAUUUUUAAAAAUCAAUUAAAGAUUGCUAUGUGAAGUAUUUACGUUAUCAUGCCAUUACACACAAAUGAAUGUGUUCAUUUGGUGUUCAAGUAUUUUUAGUUAUACAAUUUGAUUCUAGUUAAAUAAAAAAUGUAAUAUAAAAUUACUAUCAAGCUCCCCUUUUAUUGCGGAAUUUUAUAAACUUUUAACUAAUUCUUUUUAUAAUGACAAAUGUAAACUCUAAUUAGAUUUUAGUGUUGUUUCUAGUGACCAAUGCAUUUAAAUAAUUAAAAACAAAAGUAAGUUGUUUUUAAUUAUUUAAAUGCAUUGGUCUCCAGAGACAACACAAAAAUCUAAUUAAAUUGCGUUUACAUGUCUUGAAAAAAACUUGCAAAAAGUUAGCAUAUAUAUUCCUUUGGAAAAGUGUUUUCAUAUAACAUUAACUUUCUGCUAGUUUUUUCCUAGACUUGUAUAUUAUACAUGCUGUGAUAGAAGUGGGUCAAGAUUUGCUGAAACCCACAACAGUCCCUUUGACUCUUUGUGAAUCCAUAAUCUUCCACUUUGUCCGGUGAACUAAAUAUAAACUUAUUUUAAAAUGAAUAAAAGACAUUAAUAAUCGUAUGGAGUAAAGAGAAAGAAACAAUGAUUUUCUCUAGAUAUAUAAUAAAGAACAACUAUUUAAAUAACUAAAGAAAAUCAUGGGUUGCUAUUUAUAGUAUACCAUCAUCAAAAUUGUAUAAGCAACCUACACUUUUCUUAAUAUUA